AUGGGGAAUGCGAAAACCAAGCCCGUGAAGAAGCUUGCUAAGACCAAGAAGCCUUUCGACGGCUCGUUCGGGCGGGACCCGACGUUGAACCCUGCCGACUACAUGUGCAAGGGACUCCGUGACGCCGUAGUCGUGCGCAAGCCUGGCAGUGUGAAUGGCCAGCAGUUUGUGCUUGAAGAUUGCACCCAGUGCUCCAUCUUCCUCCUCGACCACUGCACCUCGGUGACGAUCGACCAGUGCACGGACUGCGCGAUUUUCGUUGGGCCCUGCACGGCGAGCCUCUUUGUACGCGACUGUACGCGCACAACACUUGUGUGCGUCGUGCAGCAGUUUCGGACCCGCGACUGCCGCGACAUGGACAUUGAGCUCAUGAGCGCGACAGCGCCGAUCAUCGAAACGUCAUCGAAUCUGCGCAUUGGGUGCUACCGGUCGUCGUACUUUGCGCUGCCAGACCAGCUCGCGAAAGCCUCGUUCUCGAUCUGGAACAACAAGUGGAGCGAGGUCUUUGACUUUACGCCGGCCUCUGGCAACUGGAAAUUCGUCGCCUCUUCGAUCGAGCUCUGGCCGUCGGCGGUCCAUCAACGCUUGCCCGCAGACGUGCUUCAAGAGGUCGGUUACUCCGAAGACUUGGCGCAGAGUACGUUGCCAAUCGCGCACGGCUUGCACCACCGGUCGUCGGACGGCGAUGUGGGCUUUGUGUGUAUUUCAACGGGCAAUAGCUUGCUGGCGCUGGACAUUGCGCACCUCGCCCUUCGCAAUCCGUGCCUCAAGCUCAUUCAAACGCGGCAGUUCCGCGUCAGUGCCAAGCAGGCAGCGCAGCUCUUUGAGAAGGAGGCUGCGCACAAAAAGAAUGCAUCAGUGCACGACUUGAUCGUGAUGGAGUGGGCUGGCAAAGGCAUCGAGCCCAUGCUGCUCGCGAUUGUGCAAGAAGACCGCGUCAAGCCGCAUGCGGGGAGCAUCUAUGUCAACGUGGCGCGCGGCAAAGACAAGUGCGAGCUGUGCUGGUCGACAUGGAAGGAAGAGAUUUAAGGAGCUAGUAGACACGGCCUUCUUCGUUAUUGUUGGUCAACUUGUC